GGGCUCUUGGCCUACACGGCGCCGCGGGGACAGGUGAUGGCCCUCGACCCCGCGCCCGUUGUCCUCAACGACUCCACCUACGACGGGUACAGCGCCGGCCCGCUGCAGUUCGGGGGGCUGGGCCAGCUGGCCGACGGGGUGCUGGGCCUGCGAGAGCCACACCCCUGGCCCGGCUGCGACUACGUGGGCUGGCGACGACCCCCGGGCCCCCGUCCCCACGUGGAGCUGGAGUUUGAGUUCGAGGGGCUGCGGGCUUUCCACGCCAUGCAGGUUCACUGCAACAACAUGCACACGCGGGGUGUGAGCAUCUUCGGGGAGGUGGAGUGCCACUUCAAGAGGACCUUGGCCAUGGCCUGGGAGCCCACCCCGUCCACCCACAGCCUGGGCGGGGCCAUCAAGGACCCCAGUGCCCGCUUGGUCACCGUGCCCCUGGGUGGGCGCCAGGCCCGCUUCAUCCAGUGCCACUUCUUCUUCGCCGGGGAGUGGAUGCUCUUCAGUGAGGUCACCUUCCUCUCGGACCUGGUGGAGGAGACG